GUCAACACGAAGCGAGAACGUACUGUGUACCAGCAGUGUGUCCGUCAUUCAGUCAGUUCGCGACAUGCUGCCUUCGUCCGAGUCCAAGCCGCUUUUCAAUGGUCGAGCGGCUCCACACCCACUGGCGGCUUAUCGCCAACUGGGGCUCACCCUCGCUGGUCGGUUCAUCCUCGUUGUACAUAUAUGUAGCGGUAUCCAUCAUCGGCCAACCCACAAGUGAUCAUGGCAGGGUGCUUUGCCAUCUUCGCUCUGGUGUUUUUGUGCACUGAUAGUCCUGUCGGCAUGCAACCAGACGACGAGGAUGCGUCCACCGCGGCCCUUCCGACAGUGUCUUCGUGGUCAACACCAACCCAACGGCCAUCCACGUGCCCCGAGAUCCUUCCGCAAGAUCGCGUGGUGCUGUUCUGGCAGUCUGAAGUCGGCGGUUGCGAGCAAGUGCCCAAUGGCGUGACCCAUGUUGUGUUUGGCUUUGCCCAAACAUUUGGUGGGAUCGUAACUCCGUCGUUCCAAGGCGCCGUAGCGUCGUGCGUGCAGUCCCUUCGCCAACGCUGCAUGUACGUGAUGGGCGUGAUCGGCGGCGCCAACAACAACGUCGGCAUGAGCACGAUCCAUGACCCGCAAGCGUUUGCCGCCAGCGUCAAGUCGUUCGUGCAACAGUAUCUCCUCGAUGGCGUCGAUAUUGACGACGAAACCAGCUACUUUGAAGGGCUUUAUGACGACCACCGCGUUCGAUCAUACAUGCAGGCGCUCCACACAGCGCUCAAGACCAACGGCAACGACUACCUCCUGUCGUACGACGCGUACAUGCUAGAGGCUGACCCUGUGUGCUGGAAGAGUGCGCGAUGUUUUGCCAAGGGGGUCGAAGAGUAUGUGGAUUGGGUCAACGUCAUGGCAUACAACGUCGACACGAACGUAGCAAGGGCGAACCAAAUCUAUGCCGGCGCGACUAAAAAUGUAUUUGAAGCGUGGGCGAGGAUUGUCCCAAGAGACAAAAUCACCAUGGGCAUGUGCAUGGGGGGGGCAUGCUCGUACGGCCCUGGGCCCCCCUCGUGGGUCGUCCAGUCGUGGGCCCAGUAUAAUUACGCGUCGCACAUGGGGGGGCUCAUGAUUUAUGCCGGCUCCAUGGAUAUCAACACUGGGUUUGAAACGACCAAGCAGAUUGUUCUGUGGAUGCGCCAAGCCGCCAAGACGUUUGGGGGGCGUCGGUGGAGGACCCCCCGAUUGACGACGACAGCUACUACUAGUAGUACUAGUACUACUGCGACUACUCGAACGCCAGCCCCCACGCCGUCGCCACAUCGAAGGGACAGCACCGUGUGCGGCAUGUGUGCAAACUGCCUGUACGUGCCAACCCACGGCUGUUAUAUUGGGUGGACAUAUGACCAGUGCACUGCGUCUGCGUUCACAUGGUGUGGCCAGUAGAACGAGUGUAGUACUACUAGUAUUACGAUUAACAACUAACGUAUAUCGUACGUACGCUA